CAGCGUAAAUAAACAUUCAUUUUAGAUUCCUUUGUGCAUUAUAAGCGUUAUAAAAUUUCUUUUGGGAAAUUUUUAAGGUUUAUUUUGUGCUUAUUUUGAGGAAUAUUAAUUAUUUCGAAGUUAUAUUAAUCGGUUUUAGUUAUAAGUUUGUUCGUUUGUCAUUUUUAGGUAAGUGAUUUGGAGGCGUAAGCAGUUGAGUUUUAUUGUGCUGGCGAUUGCUUCCUUUAAAGUUCUCAAACAAGCAGUUUUUUGACAAAUUUGGCUCAUUGAAUGUUUUAGAUUUUAUUUCGCCCAGUUAGUUUUAUUCUACAAAAUCAAAGAUUCUGAAGCACCCAACACUUAUUAAACUGAUUAGAUCUAAAAGUGCUGUGCUCCAUUGACAAACCAAGCAAGUAAGCAAUGUUUUUGGAAAAAUUUUACUCAUUGCAUCCUAUAGUAUUUGUCUUCCAUAGUUCCAAUCUACAAAAGCAAAGAUGCCAAAAAUGAGUAAGAAGUCUGCUAAAACAACAAGACUCCAGAAUAAAGAAAAAUAUAUGUCCAGCAAGAUGGUAAAGAAAGACAGUGGUGACAAAAAGGAAAAUUUAGAAAUUCCUGGUAAGCCUAUAAAUUUGCAACAAAAGUUGCCCAAAGAUAUGGUUCCAGAGGAUAGUACCAGCAAGAAAGGCUGCCAAAAGAUGGUUUUAUUAACAACUUUAAUGCUGAAAUGUUCUCCAUGAUGAAGAGCAACAUGGACAUUCAAUUAGUUUUUGAGCCAUAUGGUUGUUGCACCUACAUAGUCAACUAUAUCAAUAAGUCCCAAAGAGGUGUGUCUGAUAUUUUAAUGAAGACUAUGGAAGAAAUUAAAAAAGGUAAUUUAGAUGUUAAGGGCAAACUUAAAUCUCUUGCAGCAGCUUUCUUAAAUGCGAGCGAAGUAAGUGCCCAGGAAGCCGCCUACAGCGUGUUACAACUACCGAUGCAUGACACCUGUACCUCCUAUGUAUACAUCCAUACAAAUCCAAUCAGGGAAAGGACAAAAAUGUUGAAACCAUUAACAGAACUUAAAGCCAUGGACAAUGAUGAUCCCAAUAUUUAUUGUGAUGGUCUUAUAGAACACUAUGAACAGCGGCCUGAUGAGAUGGAAAACAUAUGUUUGGCUGAGUUUGCGGCCUAUUAUGAUUUCUUUAAGAAACAAGCAGAAACAAAGGCUAAUGGUUUACCCUUAAAAGAUGGAAGUGGCGUUUUAGUUAAAAGGGGUCAUGCUAAAAUUUUAGCCUACCGUAGUUAUGGACUUCAGCAAGACCCUCUUAACUAUUAUAGGGAACAAAUAAUGCUAUACAUCCCAUGGCGAAAUGAAGUGGAUGAAGUUGAAAAUGAGAACAUUGAUCAACAGACCAUAUACAAAGAUCGAUACCAAGAGAUUGUUGCAAAUCGACAAAAGUUCAAUGUCUUAGAUGAACAGGUAAUCGAUGAAGCCCUGAAACUUGCCGAAGACCGAUCAAAUCAAUUAGACGAUGGUGGAUUCGGUGGAGAAAUCGAUGAUGAGUUUAUGCCUUAUGGACUAGACAACCCCAUUUAUGAUCCAUUCAAUCACAUCAUCGAUAAGAAAGACGACGAAGCGCCAGUAAAACAUAUCGCUUUUCCAACGCCUCAUCAGAUAAGCGAUUCAGAGUAUGAAGCCCUCAUAAGCAAACUGAAUCACAAGCAGUAUCAGUUCCUUAAUGUCGUGCAAGACAGUCUAAUUGAAGGGGAAACUUUCUACUGCACACUUAGUGGUCCAGCAGGUACAGGCAAAAGUCACCUGAUUACGGCAAUAACCCAGUCGUUAUUGCGCCAUUUCAACUCAAUACCGGGAAAUAAUCCUGAAAGUUUAAAAGUGUUACUUUGUGCGCCUACAGGUAAAGCGGCAUUUAAUAUCGGGGGUAUAACCUUACAUGCGGCAUUAUCGUUACCCGUUAGUCAGUAUGGUGAAGAACUAAUUCCGUUACACCAUGACACCGUUAAUACUAUAUAUUGUAAUUUGUAUGACUUAAAAUUAAUUAUCAUAGAUGAAUAUUCCAUGGUUGGCGCCAGAUUGUUUGACCAUAUUAACAGUAGAUUGCAGCAAAUCUUUAAAUCUGACGCCAUCUUUGGAAAUAUUUCAAUAAUUUUAUGCGGCGAUAAUCGUCAAUUACCCCCAGUAAGGGAUAUGUAUAUUUUUUGCCCAGUAAAAACAAAUCCGUAUAAAGAAUUAUGCGGAACGUAUCUGUGGGAUCAUUUUAAAUAUUUUGAACUUUCAGAAAUAAUGAGACAGAGUGAAGAUAAGUCUUUUGCAGUUGCCCUCAAUAAUAUGGCGUUUGGUAAAAUGACCGACGAAGAUGUGCAAUUGAUCAAGUCCAGGGAAGUCGACAGUAUUGACCAAAUUCCUGAAGACACUAUGCAUUUAUUUUGCACCAAUGCAGAAGUAGAUGCAUUCAAUGAAAUGAAACUGUCUACAUUUAAAACCGAGCGAGCCGUAAGUCAAGCCAGAGACGUUAUCAAAGGGAGUUGCUCAGAACGACUAAAAAAUUUAUUUCUGGAACACGCAAAAAGCUUAAAAAAGGGGGAGAGUUUUGGCCUAAUGUUAAAUUUAAUAUUGCAGGUAGAUGCCAAAUAUAUGAUUUCAAUGAAUGUGGACACCAGUGAUGGAAUAGUGAAUGGUGCAACAGGCAUCCUACGUCAAAUAGACUAUGACCGAAGUAAAAUUCCAUUCAGAGUGUGGAUGGAGUUCUUCGAUUCCAAGUCAGGCCAGGAAUGCCGCAAGAGAAACGAAUCCCUUAGGAAGUCUAUGGGUGUGUUAUACACUUGGACGCCCAUAGAAAGAGCUGCCAGAGCUGUUAAAAUUCAAAAAGGCAGCAAUGUUCACGUUGAGCGUCUUCAGUUUCCUCUUGUAAUCAGUGAAGGAAUUACAAUCCACAAGAGUCAAGGUGCCACCUACAAACAGGUGGCUGUUCACAUUGGAAAUCGCAUGACGAGAACCAGUACCUAUGUUGCUUGUAGUCGGGCCACAAAGCUAAGUGGCCUCUACAUCAUUGGUAAGUUUAAGGCCCCUAAACCGGCAACCGAAAAGGAUGCUGCUUAUAAAGAACUGGUAAAUAUGCAAGAAAACAAACUUAUAACAUCCAGAAACGGACUUCCAACCUGUGGAGAAUAUAGAAAAAAUAACCUAACGACAAAAGUAUAUGCCCUAUGCCCGCCUCCUCAACCCAACCCAACCCAACCCAACCCAACCUGUGGAGAAUAUAGAAAAAAUAACCUAACGAGAAAAGUAUAUGCCCUAUGCCCGCGUCCUCAACCCAAUCCAACCCAACUCAGCCGAACCCAACCCAACCCAACCCAACCCAACCCAACCUGUGGAGAAUAUAGAAAAAAGAACCUAACGAGAAAAGUAUAUGCUCUAUGGCCGCCUCCUCGACACCCUGCAUGGGAGAGCAGAAGAACUUAUUAACAAUACUAGUGUUUUCUGAAGAGAAAAAUAAAAUGUAAUAAAAAAAUUUUAUAAUUCUA